AUGGUGUCCGCCGAGACCGACAAGGCUGACGAUGCUGGGGCCGUCGCCGCCUCCUCAACACCCUACGAUCCCGUCGAGAUGCCCAUCCGCACGACCAGCGACAAGAGUCUCCCCCCGGCGGGCUCGUCCCUCACGGGCAAGCAGGAGCAUUACCUGAAGCGCGAGCUCAUCUCAGAGCAGGUCAAGUGGGAGAUUAAUGAGCUCAACUCGCCCACGGCUCUCCGACGCUUUGGCGCGCCCUUCAAGUCCGACAAAGGCGAGGUCGCGCCGCACGAGUCCGAGCUGCCGGUCCUGCGCUUCAUCUUCGUCCACCACAUCCGCGACUUUCCCUUCCUCGACAAGGCCCGCGAGAAGGAGUUUUGGCAGGACAAGCUGCAGGUCUUCCUCGAGUCCUUUGCGGGAAAGCAAAUCUCCUCCUCCGAGGACCGCCUCGAGGAGACGAAACGACGCAAGCUCGCCAUCAAGGCCAGGAAGCUGGUCGAGCUGAUGAUGGUCUCGGGCAUCGGCACAACCUCCGGGUUCGAGGAACGCAUCCGAUUCUCCGAGAUCGAGAUUGUGGACAGCAACGCCAUCGACUCGGGCGUCAUGCACAACAUGCCCGAGGGCAACUACAUCAACGGGUACGACGUCAACGUGGCCGGUGUCCGUGUCACCACCACCAAGGGCAAGAUCCGCAAGCACAAGCAUGCUGAGUUCCUGCUGCGCAUCAAGAGGAAGGGCGAGCUGGAGCACUUUGUCGCGAGGCGAUACGGCGACUUUGCCAAACUUCACCGGAGGCUACGGUUGGAGCUGCCGGGCAGGCCCUUGCCCACAUUGCCCAAGAAGAACAAGUCGGAUUCUACGGCGAGCGGUCUCCUGGGCUCCUGGGGCGGUGGCGGCGGCGACGAGGACGCCGACUCGGAUGGAGAGUCCGUAUCCUCGCACGAGACGGGGCGAACAGGGAAGUCUGCGCGGGGCUCAUCUUCGCUGCUCUCGCCCAACGACAAUGGUCGUGGAAAUGGCUCGUCUGGGGCGUCUAUCAGAUCGGGAAUCUCGAGAAAGCUGGGUACACCGAGGACGUCCACCGAUGGCCGACUAGCACCACCGGGAGCGCAACCUGUCGAGGAUGUCGUCCUUUGGCGCGAGAACCAGCGAGUGUCGCUACGCGCCUUCGUCAGGUCGCUUUUGCACAACCCACAGAUUGCCAACACCAAGGCUAUGCAGGAGUUCCUGGCAGGCGAUCCCACAACUCCGACUGACGAUGAUGUGGAGGACAUUAUGCGCAGGAGGGAGGUCGACGAGAACCGCAUGGAGGAGCAAAGGAAAUUUUACGAGAUUGCUCGGAAACGCGCGGCCGAUUUGGACGAGUACAUGGAGCAGUUCCGUCGCGAUAUUGUCGAGCGGAACGGACUCACCAAGCUAUUCGCCGAAAUCAAGGAGAAGGAGACAAUCCCCGACCUCAGCAUCCAGUACCGGAAGUUUGCCGAGUGGCUACGUAUCGAGAUAGCCGCCGUCAUCUACCACAUCUUCCUGGCGGAGGACAAUUCGCCCGAGCUGUUCGCCCAGGCGAAGCGCAUCCACUCGCUGAUCCCCUACACAGUCAUCAAGAAUGUCAUUCGGAUAGCAAACCCAGCGGCUGUCAUGUCGAGCGUCCUCGAUGUGUUCCUCGCUCAGCCGUUCGGCACGCGUUCUCUUCUGCAGCGCAUCUUUUCGCUAACCCUGAACGAUGGUAUCAAGAGCUUCCAAAAGUCCAUUGACACGCUCAGCGCCAAGAUCGGGGACGAUGCUUUCACAAGCAAGCUGCAGAAGUACACCCGGGCAGAGGAUCACAUCAAGGCUGCCAUUAGAGAAGAGGCCGAGUCUGAGGAAACAGACAUCAUCGUCGUCAUCUUGCGCUCGGAUCUCCUUGAGCCAGAGUUGACCGGCGACCAGAUCCAGCGGCUCUUCAACGCAUACGUAGCCUUUAACAAUGCAGUCGAGAAUAUUGACGAGGAGCUGCGCCAGGGCGCUCAGCUCUUCUCGUAUCUCAAGCAGCUCCUGAAGCUAUGCACGCGCCAGCGCGACAAGGAGAUGAUGCUGGAGCUCAUAGAGGAGCCGACCACGCUGCAGCUGUUCCGCGAUCUGUUUACCAUCUUCUAUGAGCCCCUCGUCCGCGUCUACAAGUCCGCCAAUGUCUACAACAGUGUCACGGACUUUGCCGUGUUUGUCGAUGAUAUUAUCAAGGUCGUGGACAAAUGUCGGAAUCAGGACGCCUCUGCCGAUCCUAACCUGACCGUUCAGGCUUUCAUCGAUUUGUGCGCGCGACACGAGCACAACUUUUACAAGUUCGUCCACGAGGUGCACGUCCACGACAACGGUCUCUUCACACAGUUGAUGGGAUGGAUAGAGGGCAUCCUGGAAUUCCUGCGCAAGGGACCCGAGAACGGCAAGCUCAACAUCAACGCCCUCUUUGAGGGCGGCGUCGGUAGCGACACCCUGGACAAGGACAAGGCCAUUGCCGAGAUCGACUCGCUCAUUGCCUGGCAGGAGGCCAGGAAGAGGUGGCACAAUGACAAGACAAGGCAGAAGAUGGCGGCCGAGGGCCACGCCGGUGGCAGCAUGAUACCUGCCGGCUUCAAGUCGACAGACUUUGGCCUGGAUGGCGAGGAUCUCGAGGACAUGAACUAUGACGAUGGAUCAGAGGACGAGCAGGAGGCAGAAGAGGAAGACGAGCUGGACCCGAUUGAGGCAGAACGGCGCCGACGAGCGAAGCGACAGGAUCGACUUCGUCGUUCAGCCGGUGAGCCCGCCAAGCCACCCGUGGCAGAGGUGCACAAGCUCAAGGAUGACUUCCUGGUCAUGUUGCGCCAGGUGCUCGCCAACUAG